CAUGGUCAAGGUUACAUAAGGAUGUCAAUACUCUGUAAAGCAAAGACUUGUCUUGCUGCAUUGCUGGCAUUAAUCUGUUAUACAGACCUUUUCUACACUGUGUGGAACAUGACACAUAAUUUUCCCAGAACCGCCAGUGCUCCUUAUCAGUCCACUAAUUGUUGGAGCCACAAUGCUUCUUGCCGCAUGUCUUAUUCAGUAUGAGAGGAUGAAAGGUGUACGGUCAUCAGCUCUCCUGUUGGUGUUCUGGAUCUUGGUUCUGAUAUGUUCAGUCUUCCAGCUUCGAACUAAGAUCACAACUGCUCUUUCACAG